CUGUGUCCUUAUUUUUGCAGUAUUCCGGAUAACUCUUCUCCGCAUGCUUCCUCGUCUCGCCUCUUUGGUCCCCACGACUCAUCGCCCCCUCAGCCGGCCACUUUUGAGGGGAACUCCAACUCCAGCCCUUCUUAUCUCUUGCUGAGUUCACUCUACGACGUUUUAAUGCCGGGACUGACUUGCUACAUUGCCUUUGUCGUCACACUCGCUCUUUUCCCCAGCGUCCUCAGCAGAAUCAAGCCCCAGAACUACAGACCAGAGGAUGAAUGGACAGGUCAGGCUGCCAGGCAUUCCUGGCGUUGA